GUCAAAUAUAUGGUGGAAUUCGUGAGACUAGCGGAAGAGGACGUCGGACCACUCGCUCCUAGGCCCUCUGUCGAUGACGUGGUGUCGUCUAAACCUAAGCGGUUAACUUUUGAGGAAGCCUCCGAAGGCUUAAGCAAGUUGGGCAAAGACGAGACGGGCGCGAGGUACGCUUAUUUGAAACUCGAUGCGGUAGGCAUGAAGCUCACGGACGUUACCGUUGUGCUCAAUUUCAAGCACGUCAUGUUUUUGGACUUGAGCCGCAACCUGCUCGACUUGGAGGCACUGCAGGUGGUCACCAAGAUGCCGUUCCUGUUAUUGCUUAAAGCGGAGCGCAAUAGGUUAGAGUCCGCGGCUCUAAGCGAGGCUCACUAUCUUCAAGUGCUCGAUCUGAAUUGGAAUCGAAUCUCCGACACCUCUGACAUAAGUCAACCGACGCUAGAGUGGCUCAAUUUGGAGUUCAACGAGAUUGUCGACGUCAGGUUCGAUUCAGAGAAGGUGCCCAAGCUUAAAGAGCUCGACCUAAAGGGCAACCGAAUCACGAGAGUGGGAGGAACGUACCCGGAGUCAAUCGCGAGGUUAUUUUUGAGCGAAAACCAAAUCGGCAGGCUCGACGACUUGGCCACCUGCAGGCUUGGCAACUUGACGGCGCUUCACUUGCGAGGCAACAGCAUAAGAAAGCUGGACGGCUUCACGGAGUCGUUAAAAAACCUCACGUACUUAAACCUGAGGGAUAACCUCGUGGGGAAGUUGAGGGAGUUCCGGAAACUGUCCCGCGUGCCGAAGCUAGACACGCUGAUUGUUUCCGGGAACCCACUAGGCGGGCCGAGAGUAUUGAAGAGCGAAGACGACGAAGAAGUGCUGCAGGAAAGUUCUUCGGGAGAGUCGGAAGAAGUGCGAAUAGGAUUAUUGGUUUUGUUGCCUCGUCUGGUCCGUAUAAACAAGGACAGAGUUACGCUCGAGGAGUCGCACGAAGCGCUGGUGGUGAGAGAAGAGAAAUUGCCGCGGAUAAUGAAGGAGUCGAGCAGCGAAGAGGAGGAGGAGGAGGUGUUGGAGUCGACUACGUCGACGGGAGAGUACUUUAGCGAGGCGGAGGAAAAUGACCUCGACGAAAAAGAAUUCGCCGAUCCUCGAGUGGUACGGGGCGAGGGAGACGAGUGAAUGUUGUUUUUAUAGGGGGGGCGAUGAAAAUAAAUCGGUUUUAAAAGGAGCAGUGUGCGAAACGAAAGUUUCCGAUACCUUCGGGGCCAUUUUCGUCCGGAUUGCGAGAGAAAACCGGUAGAAUAGGUUAAUAAAAAAUGAAGGAGGUAAACAAAUAACCCGUCCAUCUGGCGUUGAGACGGACGGAACCAAUUAGGUAUAGAUACGUCGUUUACGGAAAAAAGUCGCGGUCGUUUAGAUCGACCAAUACUGCCGGCUCCAGUCUCUAAGGUUUCUUGACCUGGAGGCCGCGUGCCCGACCAAUCGGUGCCGAUUAAAGACCCACGACGACGCACCGCGGGUUAUCCCCGUCAUGCGACGCUGCCACAGCGUCAAAUUUACUGUCGGAAGUGCCGGAUAAAGAUUUUAGUUUUCGUUUUUUUUUGCAUAGAAACAAUUUUAAUGCCUAACAACAAAAGAAAACUGGUAAAUCCCGAAUUAAAUGAAGUCUCAGGCGGAAAAAAUAUUAAAUCUUCCCUGUAAGUAAAAUUGUGCAUUCAUAUGAUUUUUCGACAUCAAAAGAACAGCAUACCGGUUCGAAAUCAAAAAAUUACGCAAAAGUUCAUUUAAAUUCUCGUCUUUUUAGCUUUGGUUAGAUUGGUUAGGGAACACUUUAGGAAAAUAGCAGCAAUAUGUUCGCAUUCGCAUUAUCGGUCCGUAGAGUAGACACAAUUAAAAUUGCAUGUAAUUGUUCGUGUUAUAUUUUCCAUAAAGAAGGAUAAUGCUAAACAACAUUUGAAAUAUUUAUUUUCCGCCAUGUUUGUUUACUGUCAGCGGCGCUAGCAUCGGAAACUUGUGGCACUCGCGUCGAUUUUGAACGGUGUUAUUCUGUGAUCGGACUUGCCGGAAGUGGCAACGUCGCUCGCCUCGGAGCCGGUUUCCAAGAAAGAAUAAAUCGUCCCGGGUGUUUGUGCG